AUGACCGACGUGGCAGAGUCUGGCCCCCUCGAGCCCCAAGCCCGCCAUGUUGUCUACUGUGGAGUCUGCACUCUGCCGCCAGAGUUCUGCGAGUUUGGUGGCACCGCGAAGAAAUGUGAGGAGUGGCUGAAGGAGAACCAAUCCGAUCUGUGGAAUCGACUCUACUCCGAAGAGGCCCUGAGUGCCAACCUGUCCACCCUCAAGGUCUCCGUCCAGGAACGGGCCGCCAAAGACGCCGCCAAGAAGGAAGCCAAGGCCGCGCAGAACGAGGCCCGCGAUGCCGAGCGCAAGGCCGCCUCCAAGAUCCAGAUCAAGCGUGUCGAGCGGAACAAGCGCAAAAUAAAAAAGGUGGCCAAGGAACUGGGCAAGAAGUUCGCGACGGGGUCCUCCGUGACUAAGUCCCCGUCCGGCACCGAGGAAAUCACGGUCCAAGGCGAUGUGAGCGAAGACGUCAAGGACUGGCUGUUGGAUGUCUACGGCAGCAAGAUCCCCGAGGCCAACAUCGAGCUGAUCGAAGAUAAGAAGAAGAAAAAGGCCGAGGCAUAA